ACUCGGGGAGAAGAGCCCGGGGGAGACAGCCCUCUCCUCCUCUCCUUACCUUCCUCCCGAUCGGCGAGACCACAAGAGGCGCGGAGCUUGACAAAGUUCCUCCCAAGUGUCCGCCUCGGUUCCGGCAGCCCGUGCGGGUCGGAGCCACUCUCUGCGGCGUCAGAGGGUGGACCGGCUCCUGGGUGGUGCGCCCAAGAGGAUGGAUCGCAGGCCCAGGGCUCAGCAUUGGCGCCGGGCUCGCCAGAACUACAACGACCUGUGCCCGCCCAUCGGCCGGCGGGCGGCCACCGCGCUCCUCUGGCUCUCCUGCUCCAUCGCGCUCCUCCGCGCCCUCGCCACCUCCAACGCCCGCGCCCAGCAGCGCGCGGCCGCCCAGCGCCGGAGCUUCCUCAACGCCCAUCACCGCACCGCCCAGGUGUACCCCGAGUCCCCCGAGUCCGAGUCUGACCACGAGCACGAGGAGGGAGACUUGGAGCUGUCUCUCCCCGAGUGCCUCGAGUACGAGGACGAGUUCGACUACGAGAGCGAGACCGAGACCGAGACCGAGUCCGAGAUAGAAUCCGAGACCGACUUCGAGACCGAGCCCGAGACCGCGCCCGCCAGUGAGCCCGAGACCGAGCCCGAGGACGAGCGUGGCCCCCGCCGCGCCGCCUUCAACCAAUCCCUCACCGAGCGCCUGCACGCCCUCAAGUUGCAGAGCUCCGACGCCUCCCAGAGCCGCGCGCAGCCCACCACUCAGGAGCCCCAGCGCCCCGGCGAGGGGGAGGAGCCCGAGGAGCGCGAUCCCAGGGACCCCGAGGAGUCCGCAGAGCGCAAGGAGAAGAAGCAGCAGCGCCGCUGCAAGCCCCGGAAGCCCGCCCGCCGCGACCCCUCCCCCGAGUCCCCUUCCAAAAAGCCAUCCAUCCCCAUCCGGCGUCACUAAUGGGGGACGCCGUCCAGAUUCUCCUUGUUUUCAUGGAUU